GUGAAGUCUGUGGGUCAUUCUACCUACUGCAACCUGCACUAGGAAUAGGCAGGUGUUUCUAACACCUACUGAGAUGAGCUUCACUGAAGAACUGUUAAGUAUUGUCCUAGAGAAAGUGUGUUGCUAAGAGGAGGAGGAUUGUUUUAUAACACUUUGGUGAUUAGACCUGAGUGCUCUACUGUUAAACAGUGUGUGUUGAAGUAGACCUUGGUUCUCUUGGCUCAUUGCCUUUAAUUUCCAUAGUCGGGAUCACCUCAAAUCCAUCUGCAGACUCAGGAUUCUGCCACACCCUAGGUCCUGUUGGUUAUUUUAUUUUGGCUAAGAUUAAAGAGCAUUAGCUCAUAGCUUAGUAUCGACUGAGCCUAGAUAACACUAAUGGGUCACUGUCAUUACUAUGGUCAUCAAUUUAAGACCAACCAAGUUGAUUAGGAAGCUAAUGAGUUUUUGAGGCAGACGGCUCCGGGUAUGAAUCCUGGAUCUGCCACUUACUAUGUAACCUUUUCGAAUUUUUUCUUUCUAAGCUUCAAGUUUCCUCAUCUCUAAAAAAGCGAUAAUAAUACCUAUUCAUGAUCUCUGAUGACUUCCUAGUCUAUGUACAACACUAGAAGACUUUAUCAUACAUUAUAGGGACUUAAUGAAUGCUUAUUUCCCUUUACUGCUCCCCUUCCUUUCUGUGUUUAGGUAUAGAAAAGCUUCCUACCAUUAUAGUCAGUCACUUUGCACGACUCAAACAAUCAGCUGUUGAUAUUCAUGCUGGGAGUGACUGUGUGUCCCCAACUUUAUCAUAGAUCUAGACUGGAAACUCAGGUGAGGUCAGUACCUAGGAGGAGUUAGGAAUCCAGGCUGCAUUUUCCUUUGUGUUCCUGUAACAUUUUGCAUAACACUUGGAACAUGCUUCUACCUUGAAACUUAUCACAUUAUUUUGGAAUCAUUUUUGGUCGAUGUGAUAUUUCCUCCUCGAAGACAGAGUUGAGGUCUUAUUCAUCCUAAAGUUCCACAGGCCUAAAACAGCAUCUGGUGAAGGGCACUACCCAUGCCAUGGGUACUUCAUGCCAUUCCUCUGCAAAACAGGUCCAGAUGACAUGAUUCAACAUGCUUCAAGGUGCCCAGACCUCUUCGAAGGAGAAACACACACAAACUCUGGGGACAUUGUUUUAGAAUGGAACCAGGCAUUAGGCAAUCAUAUUUUCUGAAAAUCUUUAAUAGAGGAUUUUCAUUUGGAAUUGGCCCCUGCAGGCACGGAGGUCUAUCUACAUCAGCAGUUAGCAUGCAUUCUCUCCUAAUCUGUGUCCAGUCCAAUCAUAAGGCAAAGAUGUGGAUAUCUACCAUGAAGUACAUUCUCAAUGGGGGACAUUCAUGGGCUUUAACAGUUUGGGAACAAUACAGUUUAGGACAUACGGGUUAUUAAUAAGCAUUGGUACUAAUGUUAGUUAUAAUUCAUGAGCACAAUCUCACUAUUUUCAUAAUCAUCCUUUGUAUAAUUAAGUUGUUAAAGAUAUAUGUGAAAAUAAUGCAUGUUGUAGAAAUUAGAAGACUCAGGAGAUCAGUGUGGGUUGAAAAUGACUUUGUGUGUAAAAAAGUUAUGGUAAUAAUUAGCAUUUGCAUGGCUUCUUGCAAUUUACAAAGUGUUUUUACAACAUUAUCUCAUCUUGCAAAGGUUAUGAACUGGCCUUUAGAUGUCUUAUGCCAAUAUUAAGCUUCCCUGCCAAACCUUGUGUGUUAUAAGGUAGGAUUUGGUAGACAGAAAAAAAAAAGAGGAUUAAUAAUGCAUUUAAAAGGCAAAAAAUCUGCCAAAUUUAUUGGCGUAGAAAGAGAUUUAUUUGGCAUUUUAGAAACUAAGGCGCAUAUCUUGUAAAAGAAGCUGUGGGCUCAUAUUUUGAUUUCACAGUGCUUGGCACUUUUUUUACAUUUUGGGGGAUGAGUUUUUGAUGUGCAAUUGUAAUGAGGAAGUUCACUUGCUUGGAACUAGAAGAUUCAUAAAAUCAGGGGAUAUUUGAAACUUUUUAAGGGGCAAAACCUAGAGUGACUUGAUUAAACCACUGUAAGUAGAAGUAUUGUUAGAGAGAAAAUGUGAGGAGCUGAUCAGUAUUUUGUUUAAAACUCAGGUGUCCAUUUCCCUAUUUUAUUUAUUUUAGAGACAGGGUCUUUCUCUGUCCCCCAGGCUGGAGAGCAGUGGGGGUGACCACAGGUCACUGCAGCCUGGAACUCCUGGGCUCAAGCGAUUUUUCCCUCUCAGCCUCCCAAGUAGCUGGGACCACAGGUGCAUGCCACCACACCCGCCUAAUUUCUUGUAGGGGUGGGGUCUUGUUUGUUGCCCAAGCUGUUGUCAAGCUCCUGGCCUCAAGUGAUCCUCCAGCCUCAGCCUUUCCAGGUGCUGGGAACAGGCGUGAGCCACAGUGCCUGGCCUCUCAGGUCUCCAUUUCUUAGAGGGAAUCCAGAUUGAUCUGUAAAGUGCUCCUUCCAGCCAUAUCUUCCUUCCCACAACCACAACUAAAGGUUGAACUUCCUAUCUCAUCAACCGCCUAAUCUAAAACCAUGAGUUAAUGAGAUAAAAAUGAGUUACUAAAAUGCAAACGUUCUUGAGAAUCAACCUUGAAAGUUAAAGACCAGGCCACCUGCCAGCCCCACCCUCCCACCUCCCCUGCUUGCUUGCCUGCGGCGCUGCGUUUCCCUUUGAAAACGCGAGGUCACCUGGACUGCCCCUGAAGGGAAGACCUGCUAUGUGACCCAGGAGCAGCCCGGCGCGGACCCAGGUGAGUCACUGGGUUACACAGGAAGCGAGACGCCUCCGGAUAGCUGGGCUGCAGCUCGCGCGCCCCGCGAGGGUGUCGCCGGCGCAGGGUAAGCCUUUCCAGAUGUGGCCGCCGCGCGCGCUUGGCCGCGGGCCAGGAGGCCGCCUGCAGUCGGCGCUUCCCGGGGCCGCAGUGCCAGCCGCAAUGCCGGCCUCCUGAAGGCAGGCGACAGCCUGCGGCCGGGAGCACAGCGCGGGGCGGAGUACCGAGGCAUGGUCGCGGCGCCCGGGCUGCGCUGAAGGCGUCUGCGAGCGGAUGGGAGACCCCAAGGCCCACGUGAUGGCGCGCCCCCUGCGAGCCCCUCUCCGGAGGUCCUUUAGCGAUCACAUCAGGGACUCCACGGCCAGAGCCCUGGAUGUCAUUUGGAAAAACACCAGAGACAGACGGCUGGCAGCGGUAAAAUCAGUAAAGUUGGAAGUGGAUGAAGAUAAGAGCACAAAGGGAUCCAAUUUUUCCAACUCUGAAGUGGCAAUUGGUUUGUCUCCUUACACCUUUCCCCAAAAGAGGCUUUUCCAUGUUGCUGGAGAAGAAAACAUCGCCUAGGCCGGUGUGUGUCUGGCAGAACACUGCACUCCAAUUUCCUCGGGCAGCCACAAAAAAAAAUAAAAGGUGGGGUUGGGGCCGGGGGGGCAGCUCUUCAGUAAGAUGUGACAAUAUUCCAGCUUCACCGAUGAUAAGAGAAACCUGAGAUACCAACAGUCAGCACAGACCACAGGUCAUGUUUGACAGUGCAAAGCUGCAAGGUCCUUCAGACAAAGCAAAUAGGAGAGUGGGCUCCAAAGCCUGCCAACAGGGUCCCGAAAGCUAAAAGGGAAACUUUCCUAAAGAACCCGGGAAACAAUGUAAGGAUGCUAAAUUGGUCAUUUAAGGAUGCCCUCCCUGGUUAGAAGAAACUUCCUUUGCAUACUUUCCACUCUCUUUAACCAUUCUGAGGAUUUCCUAGCCAUCCGUAAUGUCUGCUCACUUUCUGCAUCAACUUGCAAUUUGUUCUGUACCACACUUGAAAUCUUCACUUAGAAAAGAAAGAGAAGCCCUGGGAUAUUGUACUCAGAAUAUAUCUUCUUAUAAAGAAAACAAAUAAACAGCCAGGCCCAGUGGCUCACACUUGUAAACCCAACACUUUGGGAGGCUGAAGUGGACGGAUCACUUGAGAUCAGGAGUUCGAGAGCGGCCUGGCCAACAUGGAGAAACCCCAUCUCUACUAAACAUACAAAAAUUAGCCAGGCAUGGUGGAGGUCGCCUGUAAUCCCAGCUAUUCAGGAGGCUGAGGCAUGAGAAUCGCUUUAACUCAGAAGGCAGAGGUUGCAGUGAACUGAGAUCACGCCACUGCACUCCAGGCUGGGCAACAGAGGGAGACCCUGUCUCCAAAAAAAAAAAAAAACGGAAACAAACAUAACAUAAACACUUACGAAACGCGUCAAGUUACCAAAUUCUCAUUAAGAAUUGGUUUGAAAUUUUAUUGUACAGUUGGGUCCAUACAGAAGACAUGGCUAAGAUACAUAAAAGAUGAGACUGCAUUAUUGAAGAGGCAUCAAACAGGGAAAAGGAAGCUGCUAUGAGGUUUCUUUUGCUGGAAAUGAAAGCCUCUCAAGUUUCAUAUUUAAUUCACGCAAAAAAAACAACUCAUUAGUGUUUUUUAAAGUAGCAUAUAUAUUCAAAUGGUAUAUCUUUGGAUUUAAAACCAAUCAUUUUCUAACAUCUUUUCAAGAUUCUGUAAUUUAUGGGUUCUCUGAAACUCUGAUGAGUCCUGAUUAACUUGGGAAGACAUUAUUCUUUAAUCUCUAUGUAGAAAUAUAGAGGCUUCUGUUGUUAUUUCUAUAUAUUUCAAAGAUAUAAAGUGUAUUAUAGGUGACAAUAGUGCCCACAGAGGUGUGUAAUGCACAAUUGUGCACCUCUAUACAGUGGGCCCAGGUAUAUGUACACAUCUGUGUAGUCAUUUUGCUUUCCUGAGCUACAUACAGCCAAAAAUGUCUGAAGAAAAUUCUGUUUUCUCAGUGCCUAUAAAUUCCUUAUCUGUGUAUAUUUAAUGUUGAUAUUAUCAUGCAGAAUUUUUAUUAAGUCUUUCACUGUAUCUUUGAGCGGGACCAAAAUGAAGAGCAGUCCAUUAAUAUCUGUCUUCAACUCCCACGACAUUCAACAUCUCUUUUUGAAAUGUGAGGAUUCCAAAAGAAAAUUAAGCCAUUUAAAAAUCUAUACAUAGCAAAUAGAAAGCGACACAAAUAAAAAAUUUAAACGGCGCCCUUCAGUAAAGCAAAUUUGGAUGAGAUCAAAUGAAAAUGAGUGAAAGCUUAAGCUAGAAACAAACAUUUAGUCAAACGGAAAACAUUUCUGGACUUCUGCUUUUCAGACCUGUCUGCCUCCCAAGCUGUUAUAUGGUGAUAUUGAAAAUGCUUUACAUAUCACAGAGAUAACUGAAGGAUUAAAGGCAUGUUUGAAGUUCUUGGAACUAUUCUAAGAUAGCCACUCGAGAAAGCACAAGCACCGUCAAUAAUACUGUGCAGUCCAUCAUUAAAAACGGGCAAUCAUUUGUCACCCAUUUCAUCUUUUCCUUCUAUUUUCUCACAUUAAACUAUCACAUUAUACUUAACAUUUUGAAAAUCAAUUUUAUGUUGCAUAAUGAGUGCCCAGAGCAAUACCAAAACCGUAUAAACCAGGACAAGCAGAACAAGAUGGUCUUAUGAAAUGAACAAAUAAGAAUUCACUCAUGUCAAGCAUUAUGCUAAGCACUAGAGACAUAGCAAUAAAUGCAGACGCAACCCCUGUCCUCAUGAAACCUACCAGAGCAGAGAGUAAUUCCUGAUUGUUCCAAAAACAAAACAAAACAAAAGCAGUGUGCCAUUGAAAUGUGUACGCACACAGGGACCUAACAUAGUGUAGGGGAAGAUCAGGAAUAUAGACAGGGCAGAGGGAAUUGUGGAAGCUGAGAAGGCCAUCACAGCUGGUUCGUCGUCCUGAUAUUUUUAAAAAGCCAUGUAUGUUGUUAAGAGGAAUGGAAGCCUCUGUAAUAUAAACUUAAUAACAUAACAUAAAUUUCUUAACAUAGAAAUCUCUAUGGAGUGUUUACAUAUUUAUAACAUAACUUGUUGAAACUGGGUCAAUGUUCAUUGUUUUGUCUAUCAGGGACAGUACCAGCUGCUUUCGUGCAUGUCUUUUCCAUGGGGUAUUAAUGUCCUGGUUAUGACUUAUUUAACCUCAUUGUUGACCAGCUUUAGUUUGUCAACAUUUGACAUAGGAGUUGUGUUAAAAUUUCAUUCUAGCAUGCUGACAUAUACAAUACACAGUUAUUUUACCUGCCAGGAUUUCAUGUAUGUUUCCAAAAAAGCCACUACUCUUCCUCAAUUUGGGGGUUUGUUUUCUUUUCAAUUCCAGCCUAGUUUUUAUUUCUACUUUAUAGUUAUCAUGCGGUAACAAAUCAUUUCAAUUACAAGGAACUAGGAAAAAGAAAUUGACAUUUUCACCUACCAAAUCCUGGUAAGGUGUUAUUGUGUUUUGUAUCUAAUAGACAGAGGAAACAUGACUAGUAUUUGUUGACAACUGAUAUAGUGGCUUGCAAGCAGUUUUAGAAAGAGACCAAUAUUUACCUCAAAAGUUCCCUACAGAAGAUAUUGCUCUCCUUCUCUUUCUUCCCCACAUCCAGCUGAUGCAAGUGAACCCCAAAGUUGAGGCUUAGCCUCAGAGAGUUUUUGGCUUCACUCAGGAGAGAAUGCAAGUGUGAGAUGACAGUGAAAGAAAGCAAGUUCAUUAGAGCAACAGUGUACAGCAAAACGGUGUUCCAUAGACAGAGCAGGGCUACCCCUAGGCAAAGUAGCACACAGUGUACAGCAAAACGGUACUCCAUAGACAGAGCAGGGCUACCCCCAGGCAAAGUAGCACAGAGUAGCCCUUGUGCAUUGAUAGCUAGCUAUAUUUAUGCUCACUUUUAACUAUAUGCUAAGCAAGAAGCGUAUUAUUCACAAACUUCCUGGGAAAUGGGGCAAGGAGUUCCCAGAACCACAUAAGGUAACUUCCAGGUCGUUGCCACGGCAUUUAUAAACUGUCGUGGCACUGGUGGGCAUGUCUUAAGCAAAUACAUGAUAAUUCCUAGUCCUAGCUGGUUUGAGGCAGUUUCUUUGCUACAUCCUGUUUAGAUCAGGAGGGUCUUGAAAACAAGUCCUGCUCAUCUCCUACCUCACCCCCAUUAUUUGUUUGUUUAGUAGUUAUAAGUCUAGAAGAACGAGAAAGCUGACACUCUAUUCAUUUUAAAUGUUCAUUCUAUUCCUACAGAUGAAAUGAUUUAAAACUAAUAGAUUAUUUAAGGCAGAAGAACUUCAGACCAGGGAAAGAGACUUAAAAGCGGCAAGAACAGCAAAUGCUUUAUUUGGCUUUCAUUCUGAAGAUAAUAAGGGCUAAAUCAAUUUCCUCAAAAGAUGUCAAAGUAUGUAUUUAACUGUCAAGUCAGUGAAAGUGGAAAACCUAAAGCGGUUCUAUUGAGCCACCAGGUACCAAAUAACCGAUGAGGACCAACCGCCUUACAAUAGCAAAAUAUCAAUUUUCUUCUUUCCAAAAGUCAGAGAAAGUAUUUCUAAAAUUGAUUUAAUGUAGUAAAUGAAUUUUCAAUAAAAAGUUUUUUGAAAGAUAGACCUCUAUAAAAGAGCAAAUCUUGUUGCUUCUGUUUACUUUCUGAUGCAAUUUUACACCUAUUAGCAGGGUUAGCAUACUUCGAUUUAUUUCUUCUAAACUUUCGUCUCCAAUAAAAGUUUGUUGACAUCGACAUUGACAAUGACAAUGCCUCCAGUAAAAGUUUGUUGACAAUGACAUUGUUGAUGUCAUUCAGUGCUGUCAUCUUUGAUCUUCCCCCUUUAAUAAAUAUGCUGAUCUUCUAAAAACAGUAUUUAAAUAUACCCAGAAUUGAGGGUGGAGGUGGGAAACCACAUUUGCUAAGCACGAAAGAACAGGAUAGAACUCUUGGACUAUGCUGUGUUUUCUUAGCUAUUUAAAAACAAAAAAUAAAAGCGAGAAAUUACCAAGAAAUCAGUAUUGACACACGGGCAACAAGUUUGCAAUUUUUUCUAUCCUUGCUCCAGUAGCAUUUAACUAUAGAAAUUUGAGAGGAAGAAAAAAACAUUUCCUCUCUACCUCCCUACCUAACACCAAACACCAAAAUUUAGCAACCAUAAUCUUAAUAUUUCAAAGGUCAUAACUGAUUUUAGCUUUUUGCCUAGACUUGCCAUUCUCAUAUUUAACAUUUACAGGGUGUGUUAGGCUGUCCUUGCAUUGCUAUAAAGAAACUGGGUAAUUUGCAAAAAAAGAGGUUUAAUUGGCCCCUGGUUCUGCAGGCUGUACAGAAAGCAUAACACCAGCAUCUGCUUCUGAGAAGGCCUCAGUAAGCUUACAAUCAUGGCAGAAGGUGAAGGGGGAGCAGGCAUCUCACAUGGUGGAAGUAGCAGCAAGAGAGACAGGAGGGAGGUGCCACACACCUUUAAUAGGCCAGAUCUCAUAAGAACUCAUUGACUAUUGCGAGGACAGUACCAAGAGGAUGGUGCUAAACCCUUCAUGAGAAAUCCACCCCCAAGACCCGAACACUCCACCAGGUCCCACCUCCAACACUGAGGAUUACAUUUCAACAUGAGAUUUGGGCAGGGACAACAUCCAAACUGUAUCACAGGGUUUUGCUAUUUUUUCUAUUUAUGAGCAAUACCAUAUUCUAUAAUCUCAAAUAAGCUUUAAUUUUGUCAGAGAGACUGAUGAGCAGAAGUCAUCCACUAGUGAGUGAGCUUCGCUACUUUUCCUAUGUCCGUAUCUCAUCAUGAUGUUAUUGUUCUCUACUUGCACUAACUCUCCAAAGGAAUUAUGUUUAUAUAGUGAAAAUUGUAUGCAAUACUGGAAAUUAAGAUUGCAUGGACUCUCAAAAAUCUUGAGAUGAGUCUUUAUAGAUAUCUAUCUAUAGAUUUAUAAGGAUACACAGGUUGAUAGUCACAGACAAACAUCAUACAUCAAUAUAUAUCAAAUAGUUACAGGAAUUAUUAGCAGUUCCUGUAGCCUUGGUGAAAAAGCAGUUCCCCAGUCCAAAGAUCUUUUUAUCAAGGAAGUAUUUGUUUUUCUGGAAUCUACAGGCUUUAGAAAGAAUCUAGUUAGAAAAAUCAAAGACAUCAAGUUAUGCUUAACAUUCGUUUUAUUUUCAUCUUCUUUAACAUUUGUCACAUUCUAUAACAUCAACUAAAAUAGUCAUGUGUGGAAUACAAUUAAUGCACACAUUAUAAAUGAUAUUUUCACAACUUAAGCUGCAAAUAAUAGAUGUUAGGCCAUUCACUUUUCUCUUUUGAUAGAAACAUUUUUUAUUUUUCUCACAUCAUCAGCUCUUCCAAGUUUUAAGGAAUUGCUUGUAAAACUAUCUUACUUCUUAGCAUUUAUUAGGAGUGUGUGUGUCUGUGUGUGUGUGUAUGUGUGUGUGUGGUGUGCGUUUCUUGUCCUGCAUUGAAAUGUCUAUUAUCUUUUUAAUUUUAUAACUUAAUCCUUAAGUCACUGUUCCAAAGUCAUGACUCAUAGUUGAUCUGAAAUUCUGGGCAUUGCAGAAAGGAAGCAGAAGUUCGAUAAAAUAUCACAUAAGAAGAACUUUUAAUCUAAAAACCCUGCACCAAAGAAAGGAAGACUAAUUGUAGCAGCCUUUAAAACUGAUAUUGUGAAUUUGCUACAUUUUUGUAAAAUUGAAUAGUUUCUACUAGUAAACAAAGUGAUAAAUAAUAAAAAUUGUUUUCUCUUCAUAAUGUUCUUGGGAAGACUGGCCAAAAUAGAGGCAAGGAGCCUGAUAACAAAAAUCUUUGGCUGUGUUUCUAAAUUUAGUCCUUCUCUGCCUAGAAACUGAUAGGUAAUAAGAUAUGAAUAAGCUUCAUGCAAUUUAUUUCCAUGUCCAUAUUUUAUUAAAUUUCUUGAAUUCUGUAUGACAGUAUACAUAUAUAACCUCAUGAAAUCCUGAUGUUUUAAACAGUUUAGUACCUUAAAACAGUAACACCAACAACAAAAACAGAAGCCAGCCUUAAAGAUAUAUACAUGUGACGUUGCUCACUGAGAAGUCCUUUUCUAGUCAACCCAUGGUUUAUAAUUCACAGAGCUAAACAUAAGAUGGAUUUUAAAUCAAAAUACUAUGGUGAAUUAAAACAAAUAGUAGACAUUUUGCACUUUGAACCAAAUAGAAUCUCAACUGGUAAUUCAGCUUCUCAAAUGUCAUAACUUACAGUGGCCUCCAAACUGUUUUAAAAUGGGUAUACAUAAGUAAAAUACAGUCAAGUACACACUAUGUAUAUCAUAAUCACUAAAGUGUGGUUUCUCAACCCCGGCACCAUUGACGUUUUGGGCAAGAUAAUUCUUUGUCGUGGAGAACUGUACAUUAUGGGAUGUUAGCAGCAUCCCUGGGUUCUACCAACUGUAUGUCGGCAGUACCUCCCCCAGGUGUGACAGCCAAAACCUCUCCAGACACUGCCAAAUGUCCCCUAGGGAGAAAGAUCACUCCAACUGAGAACCACUACUCUAAAUAAUGUUCAUGUAAUACCGCACUAAUAUAUGGUGUAACGCAAACAUGAAAAAAUGUCUAUUUUUAAGGUUGAGUUUCUUUUUUAAUAGGGCCAAAAGAAACUUUCUUUCUCUAUAAAUGUUAUAAGGAAUAACUUUUAGGAUAAAAAAUAUGACAGAAUAUGCUUGAAGUUGCUUUUUAAAUCUUAGCCUAAAGAAGGAGGCACACCGAUUCAAACUGCAGUUUAAUACUUGAUUUUAAAAGCCGUGAAGGUAGAAAAAGACAUGUAACUCCAAACGGACAAAAUACAACUUUUUUACUAAGUCAUGAUGCAAAAUUUUUAUCUAGCCUAACAGUAACCCAAAGGAGUCUACUGAAAUUUUACUAGUAAGUAUAUAUGCUUUGAUGUCUUGAAAACAAUUCGGAAAUUGCAUUUUUAUAUUUUGAAUACGUACAUUUGAAAUUACCACAAGUGCAAUUAUUAAUUUGUCAAAAUUUUAAUUGAUUGGAAAACUGUAUUCAGAUUUUUAAAAUUUGU